GGUAACUAAAAACUAUGCUAAGCUUAAAACCUUUGUCCUAAAACUCUCCUUCUUGUAUUAUAUUUCCUAUCAACAAAGAUUUUGCUUUGUAUAUCCCACAUCCUUCAACCAUUUCCAAAUUACAACUAAAAACCUUAACUAUCAAACUACUUUCAUUUCAACCCCUAAACACUAAAACCUCUUAAACUGUCAUCAUCCUCUAACAGUGGAAUCAGAGCUCAAUUGAUCGUAAGUGGGCAUUAGAGUCUAUAUGGCCACCACAAAUUCAUCACAAUCUAUCUCUGUGCCACUUCCCAUUUUUGAUGGUAGCAACUAUGAUUUGUGGGAAAAAAAAAUGAUGACACUCUUCGAGUCUCAAAAUCUUACGGACAAUAUUGUUGGGAAGGGACUUACGGACAAUAUUGUUGAGAAGGGACUUAAGAAGCCAACAAAUAUCUCUAUUCUAGAAGAAGCACAACAAAAGGAGGUAACAAAACAGAAGGAUGCUAGUGCCCUAUAUUUGAUUCAACAGUCACUAGCGAUUAAAAUUUUUCCUAGGAUUAGUGAAGCUUCAACAGCAAAGCAAGCGUGGGGUACGUUGCGGAAGGAGUUUCGCGGCGAUUCUGAGAGAGCAUUUGAGAAAAAACGGGGAGAUGCUGAGACAAAACAGGGAUAUGUGGAAGCAACUUAUGGAGCAGCCAUGGAAGGAGACUGGAAAAGAAUGGUUACCUACUAUCAGGAACACUGUCAGGAACAUAUCGAAUAUUUUUCCUCUCCAGUUACGGACACUUGGGAUACUGUACUUCAUCUAGCUAUACACAGCAAAGAAGAGAAACCACUUAAAGAUUUACUUGAAAUCAUGAAGAAAAGAGAAUUACCUUUAACUACUGAGACAGAAAUUCUCAAGAAAAAAAACAAAUUUGGAAAUACGGCUCUUCACGAGGCAACCAUCUAUGGCAAUUAUAAGGCUGUAAUACUCUUGGUAGAACGUUGUCCAGAGCUACUUUCGAUUCCAAAUGAGUUCGGUGAAACCCCGUUGUUUACAGCUGCCGGAUUUGCGAAGACAGAAAUAGUAGAGUAUUUAAUCAGACACAAUCCAGAACAAUGCGUGGAUGAUAAUGGCCGCCUAUUACCAACUCACAGCAAGCGAUCGGUUCCAUCGGGAGAUGACCUGUCCAUCCUUAGCGCUGCUAUCAUAGGGCAAAAAUUUGAAACAGCUUUACUGUUGCUGGAAUUGGAUAAAUCGCUCGCCAACUUGAAGGACAAAAAUCAAAUAUCUACUCUUCAACUUCUAGCCGAAAUGCCAGCUGCUUUUGAGAGUGGAUUUCCCAUGGGCAUAUUUGAAAGACUCAUCCACUGUUGCCUUCCUGUUAAACGUCACCACGAGGUAAAAUCACAGGUACAAACUUGGUGCCCGGAAAAUAAGAGAGAUCUUGAGAGCGGUCGGGGGAGGAACUCAGGAGAUCCUGGGAGUUUCUCGGAGAGGAAUCAAAGAGGCGGCAUACUCAAAAAUUUAAAGGUCCCUGAAGGAUGCUGGCUAGAAAGAAUCUGGAACCAGAAAAGAAAGCAUGUAUUUGCUUUGGAAUUCGCCAAAAGCCUAAUAAAGGAAGAUGAUUCUUUUAAACGAGUCACCAAAACGGAGGAAGAGCAAGAAACGCGUGCGCAAACUUCUCAAAACACUCCUGUAUUGUCAUCAUUAACUACUAAAAAGGAGAUCCCAUUGUUUACUGCAACUAGAAGGGGAAUAGAAAAGAUUGUGGAGCUGAUAAUAAGGCUACAUCCUCAUGCAAUUGACCAGCGCGAUGAAAUGAAUCGGAGCAUUUUGGAUGUGGCCGUCAUGUAUCGCCAGGAAAAAAUCUUCGAUAUUGUGAAGGAAAAGAAAAUACCAUUCGCUAGAAUGCGUCGAGUUGUUGAUAUUAGCGGCAACACAUUGUUGCACCAUGUUGCAGAUAUGAUAAAAAACAGUGGAGUAACCAAGCCUGGGCCUGCACUCCAACUUCAGGAGGAGUUGAAAUGGUUUGAGCGAGUGCAAGACGUAAUUCCUUCUUAUUAUGUCCCGCUUCUGAACAAAGAUGGAAAGACUGCAAAAGAGUGCUUCGAAAUAGCGCACGAGGAGCAACUGAACAAGGCACAAAUAUGGAUUAAGGAAACAUCACAGUCUUGUUCCACAGUAGCUGCACUUGUUGCAACUGUUGUCUUUGCUGCUGCCUAUACUGUGCCCGGAGGUUCUGAUGAAAAAGGCAAGCCCAUCUUCAUCAACUCUCCCUAUUUUCUGAUUUUCACUGUCUCUGAUGUUGUCUCCUUAGCAAGCUCCUUGACUUCGCUUGUGGUGUUUCUCUCUUUGUUGACCUCUCCAUUUGAGCUACAAGAAUUCCACAUCUCUCUUCCUCGAAAACUUAUUGUUGGCUUCUCCUUCCUCUUCUUUUCUGUGUUAACGACCAUGCUAUCCUUUGGCGCAACAAUUUUGAUACUCAUUCAGACAGAGAGGAGGUUGACAACAUUACUCCUUUCUAUUGCGUCAUUCCUUCCUGUCUUAAUAUUUGGAAUAUUGCAAUUCCGUCUGUACGUCUCCUUUAUGGGCUCUACAUUCAACAUUCUCAAGAAAAACUGGAAGCUCAUCCAUCGUUCCUAGUCCCUUGCCUACCAUGUAGGGAGACUAAAGUGGCAUAGAGGUUUUUCCUUUUUAUUGUUGGUUUGAACCUCUACUAUUGAUCACUAUAUAUUGAGUGAUACAGAAUGCUUGAGUGUUCAAUUUCGUGAUAUUUAUGAGGUUGUGCUAUCUUUAAUGAUGGCCUUAGAAGUCAGUAUGUGUUAUAUAUAGUGUGUAAUAGGUUCUGAUAUGAAGUUAGGACUAACAUCUUGCUUCAAUCGGUUACUUGUAGUAAAAUUGGGUGUAAGUUUAUGGUUAUUAUUAUUAAUGGAUAUCUCUCUUCGAUUUUCUCAAUCA